AUGUCUCUCGCCCGAAACGGACACCUCGAAUCAGAGGUCAUCAUCAACUUCGCGGAUGGCUACGCCUACUCAAAAGCCAAGAUGGACGAUGCCGUCCGCUCCGUGUUCGGGUCGAACCUGAAGGGCACCGCACCGAAAGCGAUCAAGAGUGGCCCAGCGGCGAAGAAGGAGGAUGUUGAUUUCAUCGUACAUGAGUUCGAGACGUCUCGCGUGCAUGCAGAGAAGCUGCUCUCGGCGCACGAGAACGACGUCCAAAAAACGAUCCGGGCGAUCGUUGGGUUGAACCCAUCAUAG